UGCCGAAGAGAAUGAGAGUCACGAGAUUUCACAAUUCAAAAUGUAUAUUUUUUCAAUUUUUAGCGUAGGUUUGGGGCUUCUCUGUGUUCACAUCGGCGCUUUUUCUCCGCCUAAGUAUUCUAAAUGUAUCAGCAAAGAUUUUGGACAAGGAGGGACCGUUUGUCUUUGCUCAGAAAACGAGUGCGACUCAUUCAGCGAAGGAAUUCCUCUUGGAACGGAAGAAUAUGCAGUUUACACGAGUUCUAAAGCGGGAGAACGUUUUAGUCUUAAGACAGCGAAGUUUGACAAGAGUUUGACGGUGAAGUCCUCCGUAGAAGAUGUCCGUUUGAUGGUAAAUUCUAGUGUCAGGUUUCAAAAGAUUCUCGGAUUUGGGGGUGCAUUUACAGAUGCUGCCUCAAUUAAUAUUUACAACAUCAGCACAGCCUUGAGGCAGAAACUUCUUUCUUCAUAUUUCUCAGAGGAAGGUAUUGAGUAUAACAUUGGACGUAUUCCUAUGGCUAGUUGUGAUUUUUCUACAAGACCUUACUCCUACAAUGAUCAUGUUGGUGAUCUUGAGAUGGCCAACUUUAGCUUGGUUGAUGAAGAUGUAAAAUUGAAAAUUCCACUGAUGUUGACAGCGAUGAAGAUGAGUAAGAAAAACAUCACAUUUUUUGGAAGUCCAUGGUCUGCACCUGCAUGGAUGAAAACAAAUAACAAGAUGACUGGGUUUGGUCAAUUAAAGGGCAAGGCAGGAGAUAAAAACCACAAAGCAUGGGCUUUGUACUUUGCCAAGUUUAUUGAGGCAUACAAGGAGAAGGGAAUAAAGAUCUGGGCAGUUACAGCACAAAAUGAGCCAUCUGAUGGAUUUAUUCCAUUUUUUUCAUUUCAGUGUAUGGGAUACACAGCUGCAAUGGAGAGAGAUUUUAUCAAGGAGGACUUAGGGCCUAUGCUAUCAGCUCGUGGCCAUGCUGAUGUGAAGAUAAUCAUGCUUGAUGAUCAGCGCAUGUUUUUGAAGUCAUGGGCAAACACUAUUCUUACUGAUCCAGAUGCUGCUAAGUAUGUCGCUGGAAUUGGUGUUCACUGGUAUGAAGAUAUAUUUCUUCCUGCCAAAGCGCUGAGUGACACUCACAACAGGUUUCCUGAUUACUUCAUUCUUGCUACCGAAGCCUGUAUUGAUCCCCACCUCUCCAAACCUCCUAUAGUCAGCCUGGGGAACUGGGCGAGAGGGAAUCGGUACAGCCAUAGUAUAAUUGAGGACUUGUCCAACUGGGCUGUUGGAUGGGUGGACUGGAACAUAGCUCUCAACAUGGAGGGAGGACCCAACUGGGUGAAGAACUUUGUUGACUCUCCAAUUAUUGUAGAUGCAGAGAAAGGACUUUUCUAUAAACAGCCAAUGUUUUAUCAUUUGGGCCACUUUAGUAAGUUUGUGCCUCCUGGCUCACAAAGAAUUGAGGUUACAGCAAGUGGCAAAUCUUCCCUUCAGUUCAUUGGUUUUACUACUCCAGCACCAUCCAUGUCAACAGUAGUUAUUAUACUCAACAAAGAUGACUUUGCAGUUGAAUUGCAAAUUAAUUCUCAAGAUGGUACCAUCACUGAGACUGUGCCACCAUCUUCCAUUCAAACUUACAUCUGGUAGAAUUGGCACAAGAAUGAAGAUGAUAUUUUAAUCGGUCAUACAAUACAUUCCUAAAUCAAAAAUUCUUCGCUUAGAAUUGAUUGUUCCUAUCAAAAACUGCUGUGUGAAAAGGUUAAGAGAAAAAAAAAUUAAUAAAACCCUGCUGUUUCAGGGAAUUGGGAAGCUUUAAGACAAAGAGAUAUGUCCAGGAGAAAACUAAUUCUGCUUAUGCGUUGAUUGAAAAAGUAAAUUGAAGAAUUCUUUGAGGAAAACUGCUAGGGAAAAGAGACUCGUGUAGGGAUGUUCAAGCUUUAAAGUUUCAUAUGCAUUAAAAGUUUCUUUAGUGCAUAAGAGCAUAACAUAUAGUUUAUGAUUGACUUUGCGACUGAUUUUUCUAAAUUAAUUUACAUUCAUAAUUUCCCACUGACCAAUAUCACCACAACCAAGACAUGGCUGUUAAUGCUUGGCACACACUGUGAUGAAUUUGAGCAACUCCAUGGCAACAUGAAUCAGUUACUGUUAAGCCCUAGAACACUCCCUGCAUGUCUAAGUUGGAGCCUCUCAGUUACAGGUACUCAGUGUAGUUGUGUCAAAUGUCAAGAAGCCAGCAGCUCAUCAUCCUCAUCAUGGGGUUCUGACAUUUCUGCAUCAUCAUCAUCAUCUUCAUUGGAGGAUAGAUCUGAUGUAUUACUAGCACAAGCAACUUGUUUUGUGUCUUCUCUGUCUCCUUCUUCAUUAUGUCUGAAGUAAGUCCCUGGAAGAAAUAGUUUAUAAUUUUACUUUAUAAUUUUAUUUUCUGAAGAAAGUCCCCGGAAGAAAUAGUUUAUAAUUUUACUCAAAGUUAAUUUAAGAGAUACUUGCAAAUAGUUGUUGGUAAAAAAUACUGGGUGAAGACUUUUAAUUGUCAUACAAAUCAUACAUAUGGAACAAAAUCACAAAAAAAAAAUUCAAUUUAAUAAUAAACUGAGAUAACUUAAAACAGUAGCUCAUACAGAUAAUACUUACUGAUAUUAUAAUUUCAAAAGAACUUGCUUUGCUAUUUAAUAAAUAAAG